AUGACGUCAGCUCCCAGGUCGCCGAAGAGUGAAACAAACAUGGCGACAGAAUGGAGCGGGCAGCAAGGCUAUGUUCUCACUGUAAUCAUAUUUCUAUGGAGUGUGGUCGACGGACGCACCGACACAGCGACGCCCGGCGUGAGCGGCAGCGGGAGCCAGGUGCUCGGCAUGCGGCUGGAGAGGAGCGACAAGCCGUCCGCCACCAAUGACGACGGUGUCAUCCAGGUAACCGAGGAGAGCGCCGUGCAGCUCCGGUUUUACGGGGUGCAGCUCCACUCGGGUACCUGGACGCAGAUCCGCUUCACCGACCUAUCGGACGGCGACGCGGAGGAGGAGGAGGAGGAGGAAGCGGGAAGAGAGAGGGGAGAUGAGGCGCGGGAGCCGAGGGUGGGAAGCGGCAUGGACGCGCUGGACAGGACUUGCGUUGAUUUCACUAAAGACAUCAGCGUCGGGACCUUCAUGAACGUCAGCAAUCGAGGGACGUCAGGGCUUCUUACCGUGAACAUUAAGCCGCUUCGCAAGAGCGAGCCGCAGAAGGCGUAUGCGCUGUGCACCCUGAGCGCAGAGGAGAACAGGUGGGUGCUGGUGGGAGACAGUGAUGGCAAGAUCCUGGUGGUGGAGGAGAAGAAGUCCCUGCUGCCCAUGUGGCUGCAGGUCAUUCUCAUCUCCUGCCUGCUGGUGCUCUCUGGUAUGUUCAGCGGGCUCAACCUGGGUCUGAUGGCUCUGGACCCCAUGGAGCUCCGCAUCGUCCAGAGCUGUGGCACCGACAAGGAGAAGAAAUACGCCCGGAAAAUCGAGCCCAUCCGCAGCAAGGGGAACUACCUGCUGUGCUCCCUGCUCCUGGGCAACGUCUUGGUGAACACCACGCUCACCAUCCUGCUCGAUGACCUCAUCGGCUCUGGUUUGGGUGCGGUGGUUGCCUCCACCAUUGGCAUCGUCAUCUUCGGUGAGAUCGUGCCCCAGGCGCUGUGCUCCCGCCACGGGCUGGCCGUGGGGGCCAACACCAUCCUUGUGACCAAGUUCUUCAUGUUCCUGACCUUCCCGCUGUCCUUCCCCGUGAGCAAGCUGCUGGACGUCCUGCUGGGUCAGGAGAUCGGCACCGUGUACAACAGAGAGAAGCUUGUGGAGAUGCUCAAAGUGACCGAGCCUUACAAUGACCUGGUGAAAGAGGAGCUCAACAUGAUCCAGGGUGCCCUGGAGCUGCGGACAAAAACCGUCGAGGAUGUCAUGACGCCCCUGCCAAACUGCUUCAUGAUCCAGGCGGACGCAGUGCUGGAUUUCAACACCAUGUCAGAGAUCAUGGAGAGCGGAUACACUCGCAUCCCUGUGUACGACGACGAGAGGUCCAACAUCGUAGACAUCCUGUAUGUGAAAGACCUGGCGUUCGUGGACCCGGACGACUGCACCACCCUGAAGACCAUCACCAAGUUCUACAACCAUCCUGUGCACUUUGUGUUUCACGACACAAAGCUGGAUGCCAUGCUGGAGGAGUUCAAGAAAGGUAAAUCCCACCUGGCCAUCGUCCAGAAGGUGAACAACGAGGGGGAGGGCGACCCCUUCUACGAGGUGCUGGGAUUGGUCACCCUGGAGGACGUCAUUGAGGAAAUCAUCAAAUCAGAGAUCCUGGAUGAAUCUGACCUUUACACCGAUAACAGAAACAGGAAAAAGGUGGACCCCAACAAAAACAAGCGUGAUUUCUCUGCCUUCAAGCACGAGAGCGACAGCAAGGUGAAGAUCUCUCCUCAGCUGAUGCUGGCAGCUCACCGCUUUCUGGCAACAGAGGUGAGCCUGUUCAGCCCUUUCCAGAUCACAGAGAAGGUCCUGCUGAGGAUCCUCCGACACCCGGAUGUCAUCCAGGAAAUCAAGUUCAACGAGAAUGACAAACGCUCGCCGCAGCACUUCAUUUACCAGCGGGGCAAACCCGUCGACUACUUCAUCCUCAUCCUGCAGGGCCGAGUGGAGGUGGAAGCGGGGAACGAAAACAUGAAGUUUGAAACUGGGCCAUUCUCUUUCUACGGAGUAAUGGCUCUGAGCUCGCCACCACUGGCCGUCACCCCCCCUCUCUCCCCUUCAGUGGCAUCCCCCCCUCCAAGACGCCUCUCUCUUAAGAGGUUUUCUCUGUUCUCUCGUUUCCCAGAGUUUCGUUCUCCGUCUCAUGGGGGCGGUCUGAACCGCUCUGCGUCUCUGAGCUGCACUGAGCGCGCCCCAGACAGCGGCUCUGUGUGUAGUAGCAACACUCAGAUCCCAGGCACGCCGUUCCAGUACACACCAGACUUCUGCGUACGUGCGCUCACAGACAUCCAGUUUGUCAAGAUCACUCGUUCCCAGUACCAGAACGGUCUCCUGGCUUCCAGGCUGGACAGCAACCCCCAGUCUCCAGAGGGCAGUCGCUCUCGCCUGGACACAUGUGCCUCCAUGCCCGCCGUGACGCCACCAGUGGCACGCACCCCACUGCCCCUGGCCACCCCGCCUACAAAACGUCCCCCGUCCCACCCUCAACCUACACCACCCGCCAACCGCUCCGCUUUACCCCCAACCGCCUCCUCCUCCUCCAGCCCUAGGCCAGCUCAAUCCCUGCCCAAGCCAACGCCCCCUCCGAGCAACCACGCCCCGCUGUCUCAAACCCCUCCAUCCUCUUCGGUUACCUGCACCCCCUACCCGCACCCAGCUUUCGGCUCCUCGCUCCCGUCCAAGUCGCAGCUGUCUCCGUCCUGCGCUGGCCCAGAGAACGGGCCGGGAGAAACCACCACAUUGCUCAGUGAGCAGCAGAACUGUAUGGGCCCUCGCAGGCCAAGCUACCCGCACGCACAUCCUCACCCUCACUCGCAUGUGCACACAAUCAGCCACGCGCACACCGAAAGCACCAUCUAGCUGCAAUCCCUGGGGGGUUUUGAGAAUACUACCCAAACACUCACAUUGUUCACAUACAUACAUAGACGCUUGCAUUACCCCUUGUUGUCAUUUGCUUGUUGUCUACAACUUACCCAACCUCUAGAUGUAUGAGGGAUCAUAUGUAUUUUAGGAACAGAUCCUCCUUUGUACCCUCCUGCAUGUCCCCUUCCAGCCCUGAAAGGAAAAAAGCAUCGAGUGCAAAGAAAAGGGAGGCACAGGGAACACUAUUGAAUCUGCCCGGAAAUGUGAAUGUGGUGGGACGUGUGUCAGUAAGUGAGGAAAGUGACAGGGUCGUACAUUUUAUGCUGCUCUUAAUGAAUUUCUAAGCCGCUAAUAGAAACUUCCAUACCCACCUGGCAUGUCAGUUUCUGUGAUAACCGUGUAGUGUGAUCGACGCUGGAUCCUUUAAGCUGCCUGAACAAGUUACUGUUUAAAGGUGUCUGUUCCAUAACUUCAUUUUUAUCUCUGAAUUUCCUUUUUAUUUGCCCAGAGACUGAAGUUUCCAAACAAAUUACUGGUCAAGGUUUUAUUUAUGAUGAGGAGAUUGCUUUUAGAUAGGCCUCUCUGUAGAGUGUGUGUUUUAUUUAGUAUGUUUUUUGGUGACUUUGGUAAAACUUAUGAGGGCACAAGUUCGACAGAGCUGAACAAAUGAAACUCGGUGUAUUGCCCUGCAUUUGCAGUUGUCUGUGAUUUAGCUUCCAGACUCUCAAUAAGCAGUCGUUUCGAUCAGGUUAACUACCAGAUUAUCGACCAGGAAUUAUGUUUCUGUGGGCAUUAAUGAGAGUCAAAGGUUCUGUGUGAAGAAAAAAAACUGCAUUAGCAAAUUGUGCUGACUACUGAAGCUAAAGUGAAAGUUAAGUUGAUUUUCAGAUUGAAGGAAAGGUGGGUGUCUCUCUGGCCUACCUCUUGACCACAGCAAUAUGUUAUUAAUUGCUUAUUUUAAAGAGUAAUAUAUUUAUUUAAAGUAAUAUUCAUUUGUAUUCUCACAAUGUUAUUUUUUUUUUUUUGCUUUCUUUGGUUCUUGAGAACACUGAAGUAGAAGUUCAAGGAUAGGCUGCAUACUUCAGAUGACACUAAAUGCACAGAGACUGUUUAUUGUGACCAACUCCCCCUUACACCUCCUCCACAAAUACACCCUCACUGUGAACAGAGCACGGUACGUCACCUGCUCUUUUCCUUGCUUCAUUAUUUCCAGACAUGACACACUAGCCUUGAUCUCGAGUCGCUGUGACACUGUGGAUUCACCGACACGAACUGACGGACUGUUAACAGAGUGAUUCCAUAACGGAGCUCAGAACUCUUGGUUUCCAUGGUUUCCUUGGUCGAUAUCACACUCGACUUUGUUAUUUAUUUCCAAUGACUUAUGUCUAACCAGAGAGUUUUGGGUGAAGUUUUGCCUUUGUUAUUGCAUCACAAAACAAGCAUAGUAAUGACAUGAAUUUAAAAAAAAAAAAAAAAAAUGCUCCAGAGCCGCAGACAGACUUUGGGCACUGGCCGUUUUUCAGAGGAGAGCUCGUUUGCACUCCAGUCCAGUGCUGUGGAUAAUGUUUUCAUUCUAAGCCAUCUGAUUUUCUAAAUAUUAAGGCAGUUUUGUCACAUAUGAGGUGGCAAGAAUACUUUGUUACAGAGAACAGGGCAACAGCUUUGGCCCACUAAUAAAACCUGGUCAUCCUCGUCCUGCUGCAGGCUCGGAGCUGCUUCGGUCGUGUGUCACAGUGCUGUUUAAAUUCCUUGUUUCCAUGGCGUUGCGUGCCGUGGUUACAGUGGAAUUCAGAUGUCACACUGGAGUUCAAAAACUCUUUAUGUGUUUACGUCAUUCCUAUUACGUUUUUUUGUUGUUAUCAUUGGUUAUGACAUCACAAAGGAAAAGAAUAUUGGUGGUCGUAACCAGUUAACGUUCCAUACAAUUAAGCUACUGUGUGUGUUCCGAUGACAUUCCAAACCAGGGAUGAAUACAUACGCGGCACUUGAUACAAUGUGAAAUAUAUUUUAUUGUGUGUAUAAAUGAUACUGUACCUAGUUAACCCAUGUUUAGAGCAGACAGGAGUGUCUGUCGGCGAUUUAAAGAAACUAUAGGCUGGGUUCUGUUCCAUUAGACUGGAGAGAGGAGGACUGUAGCUAACGUACUCACUCCUCGCUCCCUGUGGAUGAAUGGAAACCCAGACAAUAAAGCUGCUAGCAUGUAAUCUACCUAUUUUUCCUAUGUAUGCAGUGACACUGAAGUAAUUUAAGUGACUGUAAAGACAAAUUAUUUUGUUGAUAGUGACAAUGAUUAUUUACUUAGAGCAGCUGCAACUUAAAAAAAAAUUAUAAGUUGCACAGAUUUGAGAACAGUUUAAACUAGUGAGUUACAUAGUGCAAAUUAAAAGAAUUUAACAUUUUGAGUCCAAAGCAUUUCUCCUCCACAGGAUUAUACCCUGAAUGAGAUGAUCAGCACUCUUCGAAGACCAGAGUUAGAUUUUUUAGACAGACAGGACUUUUCACCGAUCUGAAAGGGAAUACCCUGCUCUUUAAAGACAAAAAGUCUAUAGUCCACAUAGCCUUACCAUCUAUUUGAAGAAUUCUUAGACCUGCCUGCUGGUUCAUAUAGGUCUCAUGUAGCAAUUGGUCUUAAUGCUGGUUUCCAAUCAAGCCACUGGUUGGCUGCGUGGCUGCCAGUUUGUGUACCAGGAAAUGUGAAAACAAUUGUUCAGUUUAGUAAAGUUGUAUUUAUUGUAAACAUUCUAUUUAUUGUUGUUUCUGUUAUAGGCUCACACCUGAAGGUGUAGUUCUGUGAAAACGGGCUUCCAGCUUAAGGCACAAAUUUCAGUGGGUCACUUUGGCCCGCAGAAAGACUGCAUUCGGUUCCCUAAUUGUUAUUUGUCUUAUAUUAUUGUAAAUAUUCUGUACAUUGAAGAGGUGGGCAUUGGUGUGAGAGAUGUUGAAAAUAGCUCACAUCUAUUUAUGAGAGAUAUGUUAUUGCAUUUGUUUUGUUUCUGUUGUUUUACUAGUAAGGCAUUGCAUAGCAAUAAACAUUGCACAGACUUGACCUCAAACAAUAAUUUACUCCACUGUUCUGUAGCUUUCUACUAUAUUUUGUCAUAAGACAUGAAAACCAAAGCAUCGUCUUUUUCAGCCAAAGUCCUGUGAACCCCCCCUUGGCCCCCUCACCCCCCAGCCCCAGCCCCCGUCUGCCUACCUGGCAUGUCUGACCUUCACAGGCCAUCCUUCCCUCCUUGCCGUACACUCCCCUCCUGUCUCACACUCCUCCUCCUUAUCUUCUGUCCUGCUCUCUAGACUCCCACACUUCCUUUUCACUUUUCACUCCUUUCCUGCCCUCCCAUUUUUCACUCUGCCCUUAUCUCCCCUCCUCUCCUGCCGCUCAAAAAUAUUGAAAUUCCUCUUGGCUUUGACUGCUUGUCCAAUCUGCUAAGCUGUUUUUAUUGUUCAGACUCUUUUCUUUUUUUUAAUCACGGUAUCCAAGCAGUGGAGCAGGGCUUAUCAGCAACUCCUGUAGUGUUGUUUUUACCUCUACAUCGGUGUGAUGAUUAGACCUGGAGGAAGGUUAAAGAUUUCUCAGGCCAGUGAGCUUUCCAUUGUGUAUAAUUCACAACUGGAUUGUUUGAAUUAGGUUUCAUGUAUGUGGAGUUGUGGAGAAACAGAGAGCAGUGCAAAAAGAGGGGAGAUGGAGGAACAGUGACCCCCAUAUUGUUGGAUCUAUCGUUUCUUUUACAGUUUCAUUUGGACUGUGAUCACUUUGCACAGAAAAUGGUGUCUUAGGCACCAGCUUGUAGUAAACACAUUUCUCAAAGUUGGAAGCGCAGAUUUAGGCUCAUUGAUUAGGUCCUCUCAUUGAAGACCUGAAUGCAAAUGCAAUGCAAAACUAAUAACAAGCAUGCAUUCCAACUUCUACACUUUUGAUGAAUACAGGUGCUGUUAUCUGGCCUUCACACACCCAAGGUACUUGAGAACUUUUUUUGUUUUCUUAUUUGGUCAGUUCAUGUCCCCUAUUUAUUUAUUUAGUUUUACAAUUGUUUGUUCCAAAUUACUGGUUUGAUGCAAUUGUUGUAACAUGUUUUGACUUUACUGUUACUUUCUUCUCUUACUGGAGUAGAUGACCAACGAUCGAGGAGUAUUUCCAAACACGGAUUGUUUAACUUAAAGCAAUGUGUACAUACUGUUUUAUAAUGACCGUUAGGCGUUUUGAAGAAGUCUAUAAGGUUAAUAAACCUGAGAUAUAUUUCUCUAC